AUGGCUUCGAUGCCAUUGCUGAAUGCUUGGUGGUUAUCAUUCCCUGGUAGUGCUGGGUGUGCUGGGAGAUCUGGUGGUGCUGUGGCAUUCUUUGGGAGAUCUGGUGGUACUGUGGCAUUCUUCGGCGAGAGGAAGAAGACAGAAGUGGGUGAGGGUGAUUACACAGAUCAAUUUUCCACUGAUCAAAUAUUCCCAACACGCGCCAAUUUAAUUGAAUGGGUUCGAAAGAUUGCAUUUGAUCUUGGAUUUGUUGUCGUCAUUAUAAGAUCUGACACAGCAACUGGUGAAGCUGGUAGAAAGACAUUUAUUUUGUUAGGCUGUGAAAGAAGCGGGAAGUAUAGGAAGUAUAAGCCAGAUGUUCAACCUAGUUUCUCUGGCACAAGAAAAUGUGAGUGUUCGUUUAGGUUGAGGGGUAAACCUAAAGGAGAUGGUUGGGUGUUAAAGCUUAUGUGCGGCUAUCACAACCAUGAAUUAGCAGAGACUUUGGUCGGUCAUCCUUUCGCGGGUAGGUUAAAUGUUGUUGAACAAUCAAUUCUUGUGGACAUGACUAAUAGUCUAGUAAAGUCGUCAAAUAUUCUUUUGACUCUGAAAGAACAUAAUGAAGAUAAUGUGACCACGAUAAAGCAAAUAUAUAAUGCGAGGUACACGUACAAACGAUCUUUGAAAGGGUCUAGAACUGAAAUGCAGCAUUUGAUGCUGGGUACAGUGGGUAAGUAA